AUGAAUUCAUCAGAGGACUCGACCAGCAGCUGUCCCAUAACAUUCCCCGGUGAUGUUCCAGGGGAAAAUGUCAGAGUGGCUCCAACCAUUGCAGCGGCUGUGUUGACUAUAUUUUCAAGCUUUAUUGCUACAACAGCGAACUUUUUGGUCAUGUGGGCUAUAAGAAAGACACCUUCGCUGCAUACACCAUCUGCUGUAUUUCUCUUCAACCUGGCAUUAUCAGACUUCGUUGUCGGUAUUUACGUCCAACCCUUAUGCGCCGUACACCUUUUGGCUGCUGUGGCUCACAAUCUCUCCCUGUAUUGUACGACUGGCGCUAUGCUGUACCCAGUUGGUGUUUACCUUUCGUUUUACUCGCUCAUGAUCAUCGCUGCAGUAACUGUUGAUCGAUACCUCGCGCUCGUUUUACAUCUACGAUACGCUGCCAUCAUUACUGUGAGGCGCGUGAUCCAGUUUAACAUCGCAGUUGUGAUUGCUACCUUUCCAGUUGCGUUAUGUUAUUGGUUUUUGAGGAUCGACUGGAUCAGAACUGCUGCUCUCUUAAUUGGCCUUUCCUUGGCUAUCGCGGGCACGUUAGCCGUUCCUCUCUGUUAUUACAAGAUUUUUAUGAUUUUACGGCGACAUAAAAGGCAGUUACAGGAUCAAAACAACUUAGCAAAGAGGAUUCACGGAUUUUCACAGAAUGACCUCUCCAAGUACAGGAAAUCUGUCCUUGCAAUUCUGUACGUACUUGGUGUAAUGAUAUUAAGUUAUUUGCCUGGUACAAUUAGUUUUGUGUUGGUGAAUUUCUUUGACGUGGACGUAAUUAACAUAAGCAAGGAAGUUCUUUUUGUCUCAGCUAUGGUGGUGUUGUGGAAUUCUUCGUUUAAUCCAUUAUUUUAUUGUUGGAGAAUUACAGAAAUUCGACGGUUUGUGAUCUCGAAAUUGCAACGCUUAUGUAGAGUCAGCGGUCUAUCGCACAAUACUGUGCUCGUUGAACCAAUCAAACCGUUCCACAGCAAAUAA